UUUUGUUGUUGACAGAUACCGGAAGAAGCGCUAACCUUGAGAAGCAGGCUAAACACACGCGUUGUACGUUUUCACAGAGAGGUUGUUAAUGACUAAAAUCCCUAUAACUAAAUAAUUUCUCCACGAUUAUUAUCCGAUCUGCCAUGUAGGGUAUUUUCUGUUAGCCGCCCUUAGCUCUGCACUCCCUGCACUGAGUUUUCUCUUGUUUUAGUCAUCUGCGACGCAAGGAUGAAGUUUCCUUUUCUUACACUCACCAGAGGGUGUGAGACGUUUUAUAGAUUCCAACAAAGAGGGGUUUUAUUAGCAGACCAAAGACUGUGGAGCUCUGCUCUGAAACACAGCAGCCAGCUGUGCAAAGACAAGAGUUUCUACAUAACAACACCCAUCUUCUAUGUGAACGCAUCUCCUCAUCUCGGCCACCUGUACUCAGCCGUGAUAGCUGACUGCUUACACAGGUGGAAACUCAUGCAGGGCUUUGACUCGAGGUUUGCGACAGGAACAGACGAGCAUGGCCUGAAGAUCCAGCAAGCGGUUGAAGCGGUGGGGAAAGAUCCCCUGACCUUCUGUACUGAAGUGUCUGAGCGAUUCAGGAAUCUCUUCAGCAGCUGUAACAUAUCCUUCACUGACUACAUCAGAACCACAGAACAGAGACACCGCCGGGCUGUGGAGCAUUUCUGGUCAGUGCUCUGGAACAAAGGGCUCAUUUACAAAGGAAGCUAUGAGGGCUGGUACUCCACACAAGAUGAAAGCUUCCUCAUGCCGUCGCAGGUCGGUGAGGCUCUGGACCCAUCGGGAAAGAAGGUCAAGGUGUCAUUGGAGAGUGGACACAAGGUUGAGUGGAUGAAAGAGGAGAACUACAUGUUUCGUCUUUCCAUCUUUCGGUCUCGUCUUCUAGACUGGUUGGUGAAAAAUCCCGGAGCUGUCCAGCCCGAGCGCUUCCAGCAGGCCGUUGUGCAGUGGCUGCAAGAAGACCUUCCAGACCUUUCUGUGUCCCGCCAGAGAAGCCGUCUUCAGUGGGGCGUUCCAGUCCCAGGAGAUCCGGAACAAACCAUCUACGUAUGGCUAGAUGCCCUGGUGAAUUAUCUCACCGUUGUUGGUUACCCAGAAAUACACGAGCAGUGGUGGUCCGCUGCCCACCACGUCAUCGGAAAGGACAUCCUGAAGUUCCAUGCCAUUUACUGGCCCGCUUUCCUUCUGGGAGUUGGGUUGCCUCUGCCAAAGGUGAUCCACGUGCACUCCCACUGGACCGUAGCAGGGAGGAAGAUGUCUAAAAGUUUGGGUAAUGUUGUGGAUCCUGUUGAGCACUCUCAGAUGUUUACAAAUGAUGGUAUGAGGUACUUUCUGCUGCGCCAGGGUGUCCCAGACUCAGACUGCGAUUACACUCAUGACAAAGUUAUAAAACUUCUCAACACAGAGCUUGCUGACUCUUUAGGUGGUCUGCUGAACCGCUGCACAGCUCCAGCUCUCAACCCAGCUCAGGUCUACCCUGCUUUCUGCUCUCAGGCCUUCCCCAGGGACCAGCGUGGCAGAGCGGUGGCUGAAGAUUACCAAAUGGUGGCUGCAGUAAGAAGUCUUCCCACUGUGGUUGAGAAGUACUACGAGAGCAUACACGUGUACAAAGCUUUGGAGGCAAUCAGCGCCUGUGUGAGACAGACCAACAGGUUUAUUCAGCGCCACGCGCCUUGGAAGCUGGACAGGAGGGACAGCAAAGACCGCCGUUGGUUAGACGCCAUCAUCCAUGUUUCCCUGGAAUGUUUGAGGAUUUAUGGGACUCUCCUCCAGCCGGUGGUGCCGGAGAUUUCCAACAGGCUGCUAACUAGACUUGGUGUGCAACCACACGAAAGAAGCUGGAAAAAUCUGGAUUUUUUGCAGCGAUAUCACGGAACGGACUGUCCCUUCGAAGGGAGGCUGUUGGGUUUGGACUCUAGGUUGCUUUUCAGCAGACUGGAAGGUCAGAAUGGAGAUAAACAAAAACCAAAGAAAAGUAAAAAACCUGCAUGUUUAAAGUGACUGAUUUCAUGCAGUAUUUUCAUUUUAGCUAAAACAGAAAUUCAAUCUGGCUGUUACAAUAAAAUAUCUGACUUGA